AUGGGAAAGGAUACGUUUGAGCUGGCUGGCCAGCAAUGGCCAAAGGUCACUUGGUAUAAAAUGAAGGGAAUGCGCUUCGUCUAUCUUACUCUGUGGGCGGCCAUGAUCACGUCCGCGACCAAUGGAUACGAUGGUUCGUUGAUGAAUGGAUUGGAAGCCAUGGAUUCCUGGAAUAAAUCCUACAACAACCCUCGCGGCGCUACUCUCGGACUUCUCGCUGCGUCCAUGGCUAUCGGGUCCAUGCUUUCCAUCCCUGUGGUCCCGUACGUGGCCGAUAUGGCGGGUCGACGAGCUGGAGUGGUUACCGGGUGCAUCAUUAUGCUGUUUGGUGUUGCAAUGGUCUCGAUUGGCUACCACAUUGCCUUGUUUGUGGUCGGUCGCAUUGUUCUCGGAUUUGGUCUUGGAAUUGCGCAGGAAUGUGCUCCUUUGCUUGUGACCGAGCUGGUUCACCCUCAGCACCGAGCUGUCUACAGUUCCAUUUAUAACUCCCUGUGGUAUGUGGGAAGUUUGAUUGGCGCAUGCGUCGCUUUGGGAACGAACCACAUUGUCGGCAGCGAAUGGUCAUGGCGCGUUCCCUGUCUUCUCCAGGGAAUUCCCUCCAUCUGUCAGCUAGUAUUUAUCUGGACUGUGCCCGAAUCUCCUCGUUGGCUCAUUUCAAAGGGAAAGCUUGAAAAGGCUAAGCAAGUGCUGGCCUACGUUCACGCUCAGGGCGACGAAGACGAUGCUUUGGUCAAUGUGGAGUUUGAUCAGAUUCAACAGACCAUCGCCCUGGAGAAAGAGCUGGAGAAUAACAGCUGGUCUGAGUUUUGGUCUACUGCGGGUAAUCGACACCGUUCGAUCAUUCUCAUUUCAAUCGGUUUCUUCUCCCAGUGGUCUGGAAAUGGAAUUGUGUCGUACUUCCUGCCAACGGUCUUGGACAUGAUCGGGAUCACAAACAGCAACACCCAACUCACCAUCAACCUCAUCCUCAGCGCCGUCAAUGUCGUAUCAGCAACAGGAAUCUGCUUCUUUGUGGACUACUUCGGUCGUCGCAGGCUCUUCCUCACGUCCAGUAUCAGCAUGCUCCUCUGCUUUAUCGCGACGACUAUUGCCCUCGCUCGUUUCACCGAGGACAAAACGGGUAGCAACGACAACGCAGCGCGUACAGUCGUUGUCUUUAUCUUCCUCUACUACAUCGCAUACAAUAUCGGAUUCAGCGGCAUGCUGGUCUCUUACUCCUCCGAGAUUCUACCUUACCGUCUCCGUGCCAAGGGUCUGACUCUCAUGUUCUUCUGCGUUGAUCUCAGUCUUUGGUUCAACCAGUACGUCAACCCGAUCGCCUUGCAAAACAUUCACUGGAAAUACUACGUCGUGUACUGUGUGUUCUUGUUGUUUGAGAUAUUUGUGGUCUGGAAAUACUACAUUGAGACGAAGGAGAUUCCGCUGGAGGAGAUUGUCAAGAAGUUCGACGGUGACAGUGCUGUUCUGGGUGGAGCUGCUGCUAGUGAGAAGAUUCAAGAAAUUACCGGACAAGCUACAGAGUCGAGCCAUUUUGAUGGUGAGAAGGCGAUUACUACACAGGUCGAAUAUCGGGUUUAG